AUGCUGUGCGCAAUCUCCGGGGAAGCACCGCAGGCGCCCGUCGCUUCGCGCAAGAGUGGCAACGUCUUCGAAAAGCGUCUCAUUGAAGCGCACAUCACCGAACACCACACCGACCCUGUCACGGGCGAGGACCUCUCCGUCGAAGACCUCAUCGAGCUCAAGUCGCCGCGCAUAGUGACGCCCCGCCCGCCAAACCUCACCUCGAUCCCCUCCCUGCUCAGCGCAUUCCAGAACGAGUGGGAUGCGAUUGUGCUCGAGACAUUUACGCUGAAGCAGCAGCUCGCACAGACGAGGCAGGAGCUGAGCACUGCACUGUACCAGAAUGACGCUGCGACGCGCGUUAUUGCGCGAUUGACGCGCGAACGAGACGAGGCGAGGGAGGCGCUGUCGAAUGUGACGAUUAGCGGCGGGGGUGCUGCCAAUGGAGAUGCGAUGCAGGUGGAUAGCCAGGCCUUGCCAGAUGAGCUGGUCGCCAAGGUGGACGAGACGCAGCAAGAACUGUUCAAGACGCGCCGCAAGAGACCUGUCCCCGAUGGCUGGGCAACCGGGGACGACGUGUCGGCCUUCGAAGUCACGAGCGCGAGCGAACCUCUCUACCCAGGCAGUUCCGCAGUAUCCAUCGACGAGUCUGGCGAUCUAGCGCUAUUUGGAGGUGCAGAUGGUGUUGCGGGCAUCUACUCUCUAUCACAACAAAAGCUGGUAUACGCGUUGAAGGCUGGUUCGGCAGUCACGACUACAGCAUGGUGGGGUCCAAAAGCUGUCGUGGGCACCUCCGCCGGUACUAUCAAGAUCUUCGAAGACGGAAACGAGGUUGCACAGCUUGGGUCUCAUGCUGGUGCAGUCAGCUCGGUGUCUCUCCACCCCAGUGGUGCGAUCUUGGCGACGUCCGGAGUCGAUAAGCGCUUCAUAUUCCACGACCUUGCGACCUUCAAACCUGUUUCAGAUGUCUACACCGAGGCCGAGAUUACUUGCUCCGACUUCCAUGUGGACGGCCUUCUCUUCUUCACCGGCGGGGCGGACGGCAACAUUCGGAUCUUCGACGUCAAGAACGGCACGCCCAUGGCAGUAAUGGAGGCGGGCGGCCCGGUUCGCGCACUUUCUUUCUCAGAGAACGGCACUUGGUUCGCCGUAGCGGUUAAGGGCUCAACCAGUGCUUCUGUCUGGGACAUCCGGAAGCAGUCGCCCAUCAAGGUGCUCGAUGUUGGGAGCCCGAUUGACAGCAUUCGAUUUGACUACACGGGCCAAUUCUUAGCAACGGCUGGAUCCGGAAGCGUGUCUGUGCAACAGUACACCAAGUCUUCGAAGAGCUGGUCAGAGCCGGUGCGGAAAGCGGUGGCGGCGAGGGACAUUGCAUGGGGAGCCAGCGCCACAUCUCUGGUUGCUCUGACUCCGGAGGGCGGGCUGAGUGUUUUGAGCGCAUCAUGA